AUGGGAGUCGUUUCCCACCAAGGCGAUCUCGUCAGUGGACACUACGUCGCGAUGGUCAAAGGAUUUAACGACAAAUUCUACAGUUUUGAUGACAUGCUAGUAAACAAUAGAGAAUCUCUGAGAAAUGGCUGGGUUAAAAGGUUCUCUCCAUAUAUAAUAUUUUAUAGGAAGACGGAUAAGGAAAAUCUGGAGAAUUGUACUCCUAUGAUGGUUAGCGAGGAAUAUGAUUCGGAUCGUCCAAUUAGCAAUCGUCAAAGUGGCAAUUCAAGAGCGGUAAUUUCAAAUGGUGUACAUUCCUAUGGAACUGGUGCUAACGCCAAUGGUGGAUUGAAGGACAUCCGUCGACACAGCAGUAAGAAAUUCACUGGCAAUUCAAAAGCGGUAAUUUCAAAUGGUGUACGUUCCU